CUGAAGUGUCGUGUUCGAGGGGCUUGUUUUUUGUCUAUAUAAGGAUGGGACCCAUUUUGCCCUGAUUUUUAAUCCCUGAGGCCAGGGUUUGGAGGAUUCUCUGAGGGAGGUGUUAUCUCGAUACGGAGAGAAACGAGAAAAGAUUACUCUUUCGACGGCGAGAAAGGUUUGGACUUUGGACAGAUCUGGUCCAUCUAGAGACUCCAUCAGGCAAUAUUUGAGGCCGGCUGCAUCUUUGCUAUCAAAACGAAAGUUUUAGUGGUGUUCAAAAUACCAUUAGCUAGAUCCUCAAUCUAGCAAUGAUGGAAGAUGAUACUAUCAUUGAAAUGACAACACACUCAAAUUCAAAAUUAUGCACAAGUUUCCAACAUGACAAUAGUAAUUUCCAUGGGAUUGGGUCAAUAAGAAUUUCACAUGAUGUGGCAACAAGGGUGAUAGAGGAAAUCAAUGAAGAUGAGAGAGCAGCACAGGCUGGUGAUAGUGGAAGACGAUCACUAUAUGGUAGUGAAAGACGAUCACUCUAUGGGUCAAUAAGCCUUUCACGUGAUGUGGCAGCAAGGGUGAUAGAGGAAAUUGAUGAAGAUGAGAGAGUGGCACAAAUUGGUGAUAGUGGAAGACGAUCACUAUAUGGUAGUGAAAGACGAUCAUUGUAUGGUAGUGAAAGACAUGAAAUUAAUGGGAAUACAAUUGAUGUGGGAUUGAGAGGUAUGGAAGUGAUACCAGGUGAUGAUCUCAUUUGUUCUUACCCACGUGGAGAUCCUACAUGGAUUGCAACUUCACCCGUGUCACCAUUUUCUUCUGAUAUUAUUGCAUCACCUAUGUCAGACAACCUUUUAUUAGUAUCAGAAGGAAGAUAUAUGGACAAAACCCAACAUCAUCAACAUCCACCAAAACAGUUAUUGCAUUGGCAGGGCAAUCAAGAGAAAUAUUCAUGCAUCAUGGAAUAUAUAAUGAUCUUUUCUCAUCUAGGAGUGUUUGGGAUUGUUGGGAUCUUUGUACGAUAUUCAUUACAAAUAUUAUUUGGGCCAAAUGUAGCCGAUGUGACAAAUUAUCACAGUGCUCUUUACGUUGAUCUCCCUUCAAACAUGGUUGGAAGCUUUUUCAUGGGAUGGGUUGGAGUUGCAUUCAAAAGAGAUAUUUCUCUUUUCUCUGAAGCAUUGGCCAUUGGACUAUCGACAGGGCUAAUGGGAAGCAUUACUACUUUUACAUCUUGGAUUCAAGAAAUAGUAAACUUAACAACUAAAGGAAAUUGGGUAAUUGGACUUGUUGGUCUUCUUUUAGGAAUGGAGCUGGCUCAAAUGUCACUUGCAUUGGGGAUUGAAUCUGCGAAGAUAGUUGCAUAUACUCGUAACCAAAUAAAGAAGCAACAAUUAGGAUUAACAUGUAUCCCAUCUAGUGUAUAUUAUCACUAUCAUUUAUAUGGGUUUAUCAUGUUUAUGUUCAUCUUUGGAAUAUUGUGGGUAGGAAGCCUUCUUUUAUCAUUGUUCAAUUUCAUAUCCCACCAUGAGAAAAAGUUAUGGAUAGCUUGUGUGGUUGGACCAUUUGGAGUAUGGAUAAGAUGGUUUAUGGCACGCCUCAAUGGAAAAGGAAUUGGAGCACAAAAGCACUUCAAAUGGCUACCGAUUGGAACAUUACUUACAAAUCUCAUAGCAAGCAUCAUUAUGGCUUCUUUAUCAAUAGUUCAUCUCAUGGUCAAGGAUCAUACUAAAAAAAUUGUGAUAGAAGGCCUUCAACUUGGUUUUUUGGGGUGCAUGAGUACUGUGUCUACAUUUGUAGUGGAAGUUCAAGCCAUGCAUCAAAGCAACCAUUCAUGGAGGGCUUACAUCUAUAUAUUAGUAUCUAUAUUGCCAGCAUUUAUUUUUGGAACUUUGAUAUACUCAAUACCGGUAUGGAUUAGAGGAUACUCUUAAACAUGAAAAAUCACAUGUUUUUGAAAAAAAUCAAAUUCCGUACAGUUCUUUAGUAGAUUUAUUAAAUAUAUAUUUUUUGAAAUAACUAAUAAUUUUAUUAUAAAUAACUCCUAUAAUAUACAUAUUAUCUUA